AUGUCCUGUGUCCGUCGAGUUUGGCGAGGUGAUAUCAAGCGUCGAUUUCCGGAAUACUGCAAACGUUGUGAGGAAAGUUUUGUGACGUGUGAUGGUCCCCUGUGCUACAAUGAUCGCAUUAUUGUGCCUCCAAAAUUACGUAUUGCUGUUCUCAAUGAAUUACAUUCCGGUCAUCUUGGCAUUGAAAAGAUGAAGUCUCUCACCCAUCUCACCUGUUGGCGGCCUGAACUGGAUCAUGGCCUGAAUCGUGUUGCGAAAUUCUGUGCUGAUUAUUUGCACAAAGAUAAUAGACAACCUUCGAAAUGGACGCCGUAG